AUGGAUAAACCACAGAUUAUUGUCCAUAUGCAGAAGGGGCUGGAUUACACUUUAUUUGAUGCAAAAUGGAUACCUUCCAGUGCUCGUUUCGUGGUGAUGGGCUCGAGACCUAAUGGAAAUGGUACCUUGCAAAUCUACGAAAUUAGUAAAGGUGAUCUAGUUCUCUUGAAAGAGACGAAUAAAGAUGCCUCAAUCAAAUGCGGUACGUUUGCUGCUUCCAAUUUGCGCAGUCGUCAUCUAGCAACAGGCGACUUCAAUGGAAACCUAAAGACAUGGGAUCUAGAAAAUUGGCAUACACCAGUAUAUUCCGUGAAAGGGCACAAGGAGAUUAUUAACAGUAUCGACGGCUGUGCAGGACUGGGAAUUGGGGAAGGUGCUCCAGAAAUUGUGACAGGCAGCCGCGAUGGGAGUGUUAAAGUAUGGGAUACUCGUCAACAUGAUAAGCCAGUAGCGGCAAUGAGUCCAGCUGAAGGUGAAGAUCACAGAGAUUGUUGGACAGUAGCUUUCGGAAAUGCAUACACUGAAUCAGAAAGGUGUGUCUGUGCUGGUUACGAUAAUGGAGAUAUUAAACUAUUUGAUUUAAGAACCAUGUCUGUUCGAUGGGAAGACAAUCUAAAAAAUGGGAUAUGUAACAUAGAGUUUGAUCGAAAAGACAUCAUGAUGAAUAAGCUCCUUGCCUGUACUUUGGAAUCUAAAUUUCAUGUAUUUGAUUUACGAACUCAACAUCCAGAAAAAGGAUUUGCUGGAUUAUCAGAAAAAGCGCAUAAAUCUACUGUUUGGUUUGGUAAACACUUACCUCAAAAUAGGGAUAUCUUUAUAACUGGUGGUGGAAGUGGAUCGCUAUUCCUAUGGAAAUAUUCAUAUCCAUCUCAACGCUGCGUUAAAGAUAAUAAUGGCAUAGAAAUGGGAAACAUUGGCUCCGUUAAUCUUCAACAAAAUGUCACUAUUUCAACACAACCAAUAAAUUCUCUUGAUUGGAGCUCUGAUAAAGAGGGCUUAUCAAUAUGUACAUCUUUUGAUCAGACUAUACGUGUUUUAAUUGUUUCUAAAUUGAAUCGUUUAUAA